CUCCCAGCAGAGGUCUUCUCGGAAAGAGAGGCAUGGAGAGGAAGCGGCAAUCUUCCCAUUGUGGGAAAGGACAGAGAGGUAUAGCCACGGUGGCCACGGAACGGGAGGCCAGUAGGCUGUCUGAGCCCCAGAGAGCAUCUGGCUAUCACAGGUCUCCAUUCCUGCCACGAGCCGCCCUGCAACGAUCUCCCCUCGACGUCUGCCUGCGCUCACUGCCACACUGGUUUCCCAGCCUCUUCAGGCCUCCCCUCCACAGUAGUCUCUCAGUUCCUCCAAAGGUCUGCACUGGAGAUCUGUGCAUUUUACCGUCUGUAUAUUCUGCCUUAUCAGAAACCACAGAACCGCCAGGGCAAGAAUCUCAUUAGCAAAAACUGGCAGAGAGCACAUGAAACGCUCUUCCCCUAAAUCUGUUUUCUCAAGCAUUAACAUUUGAGAGCAACCUACAAUAAAAAGUCUUCAGGACAUAUUUGCAUGCCGGUAACACAAAUCCAGACCACACAAAACGGAAGACAAAUUAAUUUUGUUCUUAAAGGUUCCUCACCCUCCUCGGGACCCGCUGCCUGCCAUGAAACACUGCGUCCUAAUCCUACCUCUCACGUAGUCUUCACAUCUUGGCCUAAACCUCACUCCUAUAUAGGGUUUCCUUCAGCCCCCAGGUCAGGCUAUGCCACAUAUACUCCAGCGCCCUCCACCUCUUUCCAUAUCGUUCCCUUUGUGAUACUCAUUUCCGUAGAAUCUUCCGAUCAGGGCCAGCAAUUGACUGAGUUGGCUAAAGCAACUUCUGUGUACGUGACACAUACAUUCCCCACACAUCUCAUUUUAAAUAGAAACAUAUACAUGCACAUUCCUUGGCCAAUCUUUUUGAUGUAGGGCCAAGGUCUUUUCUCUGAGUGUGGGUUUGCCGGCCAGAGUUCCUAAAUUGUCUAUUUGCUAACUGUGGUUACUGUAAAGCAGAACAAGAACUUAAAGACAUCCACAAAGAAAUCGGAGUGUGAAAUCCUGGAUUUUUACAAAACGUUUCCAUUUGUCUUGCCACAUCUGUUUUGACAGAAAUACUGAGUGAUUCCAAAGUCACUCCAAGUGGUCAAAUAGGGGCUUCUAGAAAUAACGCUCUCCCUCCACUCCCUUUGGGGUGCAGCACAGAGCUUCAGAGUACAGACUGCAGCGGAGCUGAACAGCUGGGUUUAAAUCCCAACACAGUUACUUCUUAGCCGUAUGACCUUGGGCAUGUUGCUUAACCUCUGUGCCUGUUCCCCAGCUGUAAAACUGGGGUUUCAACUAUUACCGUUGCUCCAUUUUCUUGUUUUAUGUAAUGUUAAAUGCAAUUAUGUAAUAUCAAUAACAAGUACAAAUGCCACAAACAGGUUUGGGAACAAACUACUGACUCCUGACAAGCAUCCAACUUAACUGAAGGAGGAAGUAUGUGGGUGUGCUAGCGACCAGCCUGCUGGCUGGGAGCACUCAGCAGUCAAAGGCAUGAGUCAGUAAGUUUUGAGGAGGGAAACUCGAAGCAUCAGGUAGGACUAUGAUAGGUAAAAAGGACUUUACUGAACUUCCUUGUCAUCUGUCUCCUCCAACCCUGGAUGUACGUUAGAAUCGUCUGGCAAGCUUUACAGAGACCGGGGCUCUGACGUGCCCAGACGGAAAGAAGUGGUACCAGGGAGGGCAUGGGCACAGGUAUUUAGAAAAGCUCCCAGAUGAUUCUAAUGAGCAAGGCUGAGGACCCGUGUGCUAGAACGGAAAUCUGGGCAGGCAGGACCUGCCUCCCUUGGUUCACAACUGACACGCGGUACCUGCCGCAGUUCCUGGCCACACCAGGCACUUCAAGCCUCUUUUAUGGAAUGAAUGGUGGCUACCAGUUCCCAUUCCCACUUUCUAGCUGCCCAUGCAGCAGCUGAGGUCAUGCCUGGGAGGCCAGCAAAGGCACUAGGGAGAAAUUAAGCCUCCAGGACCCUGGGGCCUUAAUGGUGGUAAACACCUCCACAAAAAAACUCGCUCCAGGAGGCACCAGCCGGAGGCUUGUUAAUCAUUCACCAGCACCCUAGCACCGCAGGGAAAAGCCUGUGUGCGGCUCCAGCCCAGGGCUUCCCGGAGUCCUGGGCUUCCUGUGCUCUGGUGGGGGCCUCCCGGUCUACAGGUCAGCAGCUGGACAGAGAGGAGAGAGAGGCAGGACCCAGCCACAGGCGAGGUGGACAGUGGCUUGAGACAAAGGUCCUGGAUCCAGUCUCCUUACCCACCCUACCCCAAGCCUGACUUCUCUGAGGACGCCAGAACAUAGGUACCCUGAGCAACCCCCAAAACGACAUCACAAAAGAACAGAACGCAGCUGAAGAGGUUCACAUGGACAAACUGAUGACAAAGCAGGACAUCUGGAAUGAUGAGUUCUGGCAGAACCCCUGGGACCAGGGAGGCCUGGUAGUGAUCAUUUUAUUCAUCACCACGAUCCUGUUUCUCAUUGUGUUUGCCAUUGUAUUUGGUUUUCUCCCUCCGCUUGAGAACAUCAACCAGUGUGAAGAGUUGUGACCUGACUUUCUGGAGGCCAAGAAGGGGACCACCUGUUAGAUACUCUCGAAACACCAUGUACGUUUUCUUCAAAGCCUUUCCAGAGUCUGCAAUUAUACACUUUUAUUAAUGUAAUUAAUUAAUUAAUUUGUUAACUAAUAUUAUCUGAUAAGUGCCUACCUUCCCCACUGGACCGAACACCACAAAAGCAGGUGAUGGGUUUCUGCUCACCAUUGUAUGCCCAUAUCCGAUGUGCCUCACAUACAGUCCAUUUCAAACAAUAUUUGCUGGUUGAAUAAAUGAAUGAAUGAAUAAACGAGCAAACAAAUGGA